CCGCAAUUCUCAAAUUUGCCAGUGAAAUCGAAGUGUGUGUGUAUGUAAUACGUAUACAUGUGUGUAUAUAGGAGUGUGUGUAUAGUUUAGAGAGAGAAAAGCGAGACAGAUGGCACCAUUAAAAUCUCUGGAGCACGAGUACCCAAUAAUAGACUCCAAUUUCCAGCAAUUCUGUGCCUCUCACGCCAUCUUCUCAGUUGAAGAUUUCCUUGUUCAUGACAUCUACGUCUUAGUUGCUUUGGCAGAACAACACUCUAAUUCAGAAAGAUUAAAGCAGGGCAUUACCCAAGUCCUCUCUAUCAUAGAUGGUCAGCAUCAACCUUGGCUGAAUGGUAUGGAGCUGUUGGAAGAUGCUCAACAGAAUAAGCAUGUUCUAUCCACUGGAUGUGAAAAGAUUGACAUGUUACUUCAAGGUGGAUUAUGUGAGGGACAUCUAAUAGAAAUAGUUGGGCCAUCAUCAUCUGGGAAAACACAAGUUUGCCUACAAGCAGCCUCAAAUGUUGCAAAGAAGCAUAUGGGUGGUGUUGUGUUCUUAGACACAGGAAAUUCCUUUUCACCUAAACGCAUUGCACAUUACAUCAGCCAGAUCUCAGAUCAUGCUGAUAAAGAGGGGAACUACAAAAUUCUGCAAAAAUUAAUGAGCAGAAUAUCAUGUCAAUCUGUGUUCGACUUUUUUACGCUUCUGGAUGUGUUACGUCAGCUGGAGUCCAGUUUGAGGUCUCAGAUGCAGAGAGAUUGUCAGGUGCAGUUACUUGUCAUUGAUUCUAUAUCUUCACUAAUUACCCCAAUACUUGGUGGCCAGGGUUCACAAGGACAUGCUUUGAUGAUUUCUGCUGGAUAUUUGCUAAAGAAGUUAGCACAUGAGCAUAACCUCUGUGUAUUGGUGACCAAUCACAUGGUGAGUGGAGACGGUGGUAUUACUAAACCAGCACUUGGCGACAGUUGGAAGAGCCUCCUACAUGUGCGGCUUCAGCUAACCCGCGAUCACAGUAGCAACAUUUGCAAGAUGUCCAUACUUACACACCCAUACAUGGCGUCUGGUAACACGGUGAUGUUUACGAUUUUAUGACCCGUCGAUUUCAGUUGUGCUAGAGAGGCAGUGAAGGAAGGAAAAUGUUUAAUAUACUCCAAACUGUUUUGUAAUAUAAAUUAGAAUAAUAGCAAUUGUAAACAGUAUUUUUACUUGAAGUUCAAUUUGAAUUACACAGGACAUAUAUUAGACUAUUUUUACUUGAAGUUCAAUUUGAAUUACACAGGACAUAUAUAAGACUUGGGCAUUUUGGUUCAGCUCCGACAAGGAUGUGAUUUGAGAUGGUUCGAUUAUUUAUUUGUUUGUUUGUUAACAUUAAAGGAUAGUAUUUUAGUAAUUGUUUGUUCUUUCAUCA